AUGGGAGAGGGAGAGGGGGAGGAAGGGAGGGAGGACGGGGAGGAGGAGGUGGAGGAGGAGGUGGAGGAGGAGGAGGAGGAGGAGGAGGAGGAGGAGGAGGAGGAGGAGGAGGAGGAGGAGGAGGAGGAGGAGGAGGAGGAGGAGGAGGAGGAGGAAGAGGAGGAGGAGGAGGAGGAGGAGGAGGAGGAGGAGGAGGAGGAGGAGGAGGAGGAGGAGGAGGAGGAGGAAAAGGAGGAGGAGGAGGGUAGUGGUGGAGCGGGGCGCAUGUGCAUUGCCAUGCCCUCCCCCUCCGCCACUGCUAGUAGCUCUAGGGUGCACCGCCACCCCUCCUCGCCCCUCCACAGCAGCCGCCCUGCGGGGUUGGGGCGGGGGAGGGCGUGA